AUGCCCUACUUUGAAACAUUGGACGCAGAGGAGAAUCACAUCCAUGACAAGCUGGUAUCGUUCAGUUUGCUUCAGAAAGACUUUGUGCCUUUUCUGCUGAAUUUUUUAAGGGAGCAGACCAGCCAGAUACUGACUAAUGGACCCUCCACUCCUGCUAAAACUCCCAAUUCCAAGGCCCACAGGAGCCAAAGGACAGGACCAGAAAGGAGAGCAGGCCACGCGACUAGCAGCCGAGUGCAACUCUUUUCCCAAAGGACUUCAGUGACCUCCUGCACCACAGACACCAGCUUUUCUCCCGCUGCUGCGUCCAGCGGUUCCUCUUCCUAUUCUGGGUCGAACCUGUCGAGCCCUUGCAGUGACUUCCCCAGCGUGGUGUCCAGUAGCAGCCCGAGCUUUGGGUACAGCCCUGUGCUCACCCACAGUGAGAAGCGCUCGGCUCAGAAGGCCAACCUGGGGAGCUUUCUUGCUGCUGCACCAGAGGCCUUGCCGGCAAGGCGGGGCAGGAGGAAGGGCAGCAGCUCUGUCAGUGCCUCUGGCCGGCAGGUUGCUCGGGAUCUGGGGCGUUCCUUGGCCGAAGAGGAAGAUGGAAAGAAUGAAAGUGCAUCAUGGAGUGGAGGGAGAAGGAGACGGAGUGAAGUGCCUCUUGUUGCUGCUAGAUCCCCUCCCAGCCAGCUGAAUCUUAACAACCUAGAGGAGUUCCCACCCAUGGGUACUGCCUCUGGCUGGACAAACAAAAGCAAGCCAUCAAGGCGAAUCAACCCAACUCCUGUGAGUGCUGAACGCCCUCUUUCAAAGCCAAAGAUGUGCUUCACUUCAACGCCUGUCAGCCAGUCUCCAGCUGCUCGAUUUUCAGCUGGGUCAAGCUCUGAGGCCUUUACCACUGUACAAGAAGGAAGCCCGACUUCUGUGAUAAGCAGCAGCCUUCAAGAGGAGAGGGAGAUGCUGAAGAAAGAACGAUGCAAGUUGCUGCACCAGACAUCUUCUCCUGCAGGGAUAUCUCCCGAUCCUGGGACUCCUACUAAGCCCACUUACACUCGCAGUGCUAGCCUUCCUGCUGAAAGCCAUCUGGUGACCUGCGCAGAUCCUGCAAAGGUUUCCUGCAAGAAACAGUUGGAGUGUCUGGCACAGCUCUACUCAUCGUGUAUAGCAGAAAACCUGGUGCCAAAUAUUUUCCUGGGUUUUUUUGUUCUGCAACUGUUAACAUCUAAAGGAACUUCUGCUUCAGAGGAAGAAGAGAGUGACCUUGAAGUCAAUGAAGGAAGUAAAGAUGUAUCAGGGAGGCAGCACUUCCGAAGUGUGCACAAUUGCGUUUACUUCGCUGUUCAGGUCUUGGAUUAUCAAUAUGAAAUUAUUUCCCAUUUAGAAAAGGGGACACUGAAGUUCUUGGCUGAAAAUGAACGGAUUGCAACUUUUUCUCCCACCCUGCAUGAGAGGCUCAAGCAGGCAUAUGAAAGCAGCACUGCCAAGGUGUCUCUGCUGCUGCCAUGCUCUGUGCAAUCUGUUUCUUUCCAGCCAGAAACCGACAAUCGUUCUAACUUUCCCAGUGACAGAGCAUUUCACAUAUUUAAGAAACAAAGGGAUAUUUUUUAUGAACUGCUGCGUGAAUGGGAGGAUAACCAUGAAAAACCUGGUUGGGACUUUGAAAGAGUUCUGGGCAGCAAGAUCAGGGCCAUGAUGGCUCACCUGUCUGCAACCUGCAACCACAGCCAUUUUGCCAGGCUCUUUCAGAAGCAGCUCACCCAGAUGUGUAAAGAUCCUAUUGGUGGUGGUGUGAGCUGGGGAGACACCCCAGACCAGGAUGUCCUUAAUAUGUUGGGUCCUGAUAAUCUGAGCCGUCUGAAGAGGUUGCAGGAAAGAUUUGUUGUUCCUCAAAGCAUCAGGGGACCUUGCCCACCCCCUUCAUUCCCAGGGUGCCAGCAGUUCUUCAGGGACUUCAUCCUCAGUGCAGGAAGUUACCAGUUCAAUCAGCACCUGGUGGAUAGCCUGUGCCUGAAGAUACUUGAGCUAGAUGGCCUUACUCUGGUGGAGCAUGAGCACAGUGACGGGGAAACAGAUAUGGAUGAACAGGAUGAAAAGAAGCGUUUCACUGUGGUACUGUUGAGCUUGAGACUCCUUGCCAAGUUCCUGGGCUUUCUUGUAUUCUUGCCAUAUCGCACUGUGGAACAACCAACUAGAGACCUGCAAGACACUGCAGUAGCAUUGAGGAACCAAACUUUGCCUGUACUGGACAUAUUGAAGCUUCUGAGACGAUCCAUUCGGAAUCAGCGUUCUGUCCUCACUAUUCCUUGGAUCGUGGAGUUUCUUUCCCUUGUGGAUCAUGUUGCUCCUUUCCUUGAUUACUAUAAGAAGGUAUUUUGUCUUUUGCUGCAGGUAUACAGGCUAAUGGUCCUUUCUGAAGACAAAGAGAUGAGUUUCCUGAACAAACUGCUGAUCCUUGCAGUUCUGGGUUGGCUUUUUCAGGUUCCAUCAGUCCCUGAGGAAUUGUUUUUUGCCACGGAUGUCAGGCAGGAGGGAUUGGUGAUGGAUACUGUGACAUCUGCUCAGGCUUUGGACUCUGUGCCCUUGGUGGAUCAGCAGUUACUUUAUACCUGCUGCCCCUAUCUUGGAGAGCUGCGGAAACUACUCGCCUCUUUUGUGGCUGGUAGUGGAGUAAAAAAUGGUGGCUUUAUAAGGAAAAUCACUCCAACAGCUGCAGAGUCCUUGGCACCAAAGACUUCCAUUACACAGCGGAAACUGCAGGUAGAGCUGGAACAGGCCUUCUUCCACAACCAGCCUCCCUCUUUGCGGAGAACAGUUGAGUUUGUGGCAGAGAGAGUGGGAUCAAACUGUGUUAAGCACAUCAAGGCGACACUGGUAGCAGAGCUGGUUCAAAGGGCUGAAGUCAUGUUGCAGGAUAAAGUGAAGGAGGAGGAUGCUAAUCAUGAUAAGCUGCUUGAAGAGGUGUGCGCUCAUCUGUAUGAUGAAGGAGCCCAGGCACUUAUCAAAGGCAGAGAAUUUUGCAAAAAGAAAGGUCCUGAGGCGGUAAGGGUCUUAUUGCCAGAAGAAACAUCUGCAGCAGUUUUGAGCAGUGCAGAAGACAUUGCAGUGGAUCUGGCUACUGAGAAGGCUUGUGGCUGGCUUUCUGCUAACAUUGCAGGUGAGCUUCCUCACUCUGAACUUCUAACCUGUAUAUUACACUCUUUUUCUGAGAUCAAGGGAUUGAAGUUUAUUCUGGUGCUAUGUUAUCAGCUAUGCAAAAUCUGCUAUUGGACUGGGCUGAUGGCUGUAGAAGGAAAACAUGCAGGUGCAGAAGUUCAUCUUCCGUUUCUUACAGUUUCAGGUCGCAUUCCUCUUAGUCUUGGGAUCAAGCCCCCAGAAGAGAGCUCCGAGAGGCUCCGAGUGAAGAAUAAUCCCACAUAUGACCUUCUGAAACUGCUGCUUUCUGUCUGGAAGGAGGACUUUGGGACACCUGUUCCUGUGCAGCUGAUGUUCAGCAGGAAGAACAUUGGCUAUCUUGCAGAAGUGAAGCAGCAAGAGUGGGAUUUGUUCCAUUUCAUCCUUCGUGGUCUUGUAGAAUAUGAUCUAAUGCGAACCAAUGAUAUAGAGAGUUGCUUGCGUAGCCUUGAACAGCUCCCUUGGCCCUCAGAUUUCUUAAAAGCUCUGGACAGCAUUUCCAGUUUAUUUCUAUCAGAACAUCUUAUAGAAGAGCCCAGGAGUGACCCCUGUGACCUGACCAGACAAUCUCUAGUAACAGACUGUGGUCAAACCAGGAAUCAAGUCGAGUGGACAAGUCUCUCUGUGAAGCAGGGGGAUUGCUUCCUGGUGACUGGCUCAUCUCUGAACUUCAUGUAGUUUCUUGCCAGGGGAGGGAAAAGGUAACCUGGUCUACAAGAAGAUGAGCCUCUAUUUAUUUUUCACUGUGAGCUCAAUUUCAAAGAUUUGAUUUUAAUGUUUUUAAGACUCAUUUUAGAAGUUAAAACAUAUUAAAUAUAUAUACACCAGAACGUGUGCAACAUUAUUCUUAAAGGAUGUAGAUGAUUAAGUUAAGUUUUCUUCCACCUCUUGAUGGAAACAGAACUUGUUACUUCUUGGAAUUUUUAAUUGAAAUAAGGAAGAAAAUACUUGAUUAUAUUUUUCACUGAAGGCAGAUGGCAGUAUUUUUAUGACUCUUUUUAUAGUAUGUGAACAUAAAUGGUAUGUAGCUGCUAUUUCUUGUUUUUUGUAAUCCUUCUUGCCUUGAGUUUGAAUUUUAUCAGACAGGAAAUACUCCAGCGAGUAAACUACAGACUGGAAGAACAGACAAGAAAUUUAGUGAGGGGAAAAAAGCAGUGCCACCUUCUGGAGAGCUGGUAUGAAAGGAACACUUUUUGUGGAGGGCAGUGGGCACUUCCUGUGGUUAGAUCAUAAAGCCAGGGUGCAAGUUCCCUUUCAUCCACCAGGCGUUUCCUUCAGCAGAAGUUUGUGCUUGGGACUGCUGGUGGUUAGCAGAAAAUUACCUGCUCAUUAGAUCUCUCAGGACAAUUUUUCUUUUCAGAGGAUUUUUUUUUUUCCUUUUGUCUAGGAGUCUGCCAUUAGUACAGGUUUGUCAGAAAGCAAAUAUUGUGUUAAGACCAGUGUUUGGACAAAAUGAAGCUGGUUAUCUUGCUGAUUAACUUACCUCUUCCUUGUAUUUUUCCUUCUGGAAAAAAGUAGCAUUGUCAGUUGGGGUGGGGGGGAAAAAAACACAACCAGGACUAAGUAGGUAGAACUGUGGCAUCUUUUGAAAUGCAGAUUUAGAUGUCAGCAUCUGAAUUCCAUUGAGGUUGAUUGGGCAUACACCAUCUGCGUGCCUUUUUUUUUUUUCUCCUCUUUCUAGGGAUUUUAAGACAUGACUGAGUCAGAGCUUCCCUGAAAGUAGGUGUGCUGUGUGUCUGGUAAAAGCAGGGUAGUGUGAAUUGAAAUAGCGAGUACAGUCUGUUUCUUCAUACCUGCUUCCUGAGGCUGAGCAUUAUGUGACGUUUUGCUGCAGAGCUCACUUGAAGUUGUUGUUUGUUAUAAUAAAUAUGAUUAAAUGUCCUGUUUUGUGUCCAAGCUGGUGAUAUAUAGCCUCUUUGUACUGGGACAAAGUACAAAAAGAUGCCUUGCCCCAAAGCAUGGUGCAGAAAAUAUAUGGUAAUAUCUGUCCUCCAUGCUGCUGUUCUUGUACUGCAGUAUUGCAUCUAUUUUGUUACUUAACUGUGGGAGACAGAGGGAGAAGCUGGAGUGAUAAAAAGGUGCUCAGUCUCUGGAACUGAAUUUAUUUAGGUAUCUAAAACUAUUUGCACAGAUACUGUGGCCACAAGUGUUUUCAUGAACUCAACCUAUCUUGGUUAUCCUUCUGUAAUAUGACAUGCUUGGAGGUGUUUAUUUAAAAGGCAAUCAAACCUGAAGAUCAGUUUACUACUGCCACAGAAUGUAAUUGUGCCCCAUUGGGCAGAAGUCAGUCUGUUCUUCAAUGUUGUCCAGCAGGUAAGAAACACCUCUGUUUCUGUUUUCUUACACUGUCAUGUCCUUAAUCUACAUAGUUAAUGGGUGUCUCAUGUUACUUAUGCUUGGUGGCUUUGGGGAAGCCAGGCUGACUGCAGCCAAACUUUGCAAGAAGCAUACAGCACUCUGGGCAAGUAGGAGACCUAGGAGACCUACAUCUUCUAUCACAAGCCAACCGUUUUGGCUUCAUCCAGGUAUGACAGGCUGCAAAUCUGGAUAUUUGCCUUUUGGUGCAGUUGCUGAGGCUGUGCAGGAUGUGCAGUGCUGCAGGUGAAGCAUCCCCUGACACAGCUUGGCAGGAUGCUAAGAAAGGCUGAGCCUCACCCCAGGAGAAUGGAACCUGUGACCAAACACUUGAAGCCUGACAACAUGAGCAUUGGACAGAGCUCAACAGCUGUAAGAUGCUGUAGAAUAUCCCAGUUUCUUGAUCAGUGCUAACUGGCAAGGAAGUGUGCUAGUCGAGCAAUGACCAAAGGCUGCCGCUUAGCGAUGGAGCUCAGGAGCCGUGCUGGGAUAGCUGGGGCACCCAGAUCCACCUGUACAAGACUUACUGACUUCUGUUGAAGAAAGUUAACAACAUGCAUUUCCAUACGUGUCAAAAAUAGCGUUAGCAGAGGUGGACUUCUGUGUCUCCAACAAGAUAGAAAUGCAGGUGAGAUUCUCCAGUCCCUAACACUGAACAUAUUGUGUACUGGUUCACUAUGCAAAAGCAGAAUGUACAAAAAUUGUGAAUAAACAUUUACAGAAGAGACUUGGUGUGCAAGGCAGCAAAUUCACAUGGUGUAAAAACUGGGGUCGUGUACAUAAAAGCAGAAUCCUAAUUAGACUGUUAUUGAACAUGAUGUACAGUAAUGAAAAGUCUUACCUGAGCCAUGUAAAUAACUCUGGUGAUAUCUCUUCCAUUCACCACAUCAGGUUCCAGGAUCCAUGCACUGGGCAAAAUCUCCCCUCUGACUACAUCUUUACAAGGGUGAGGCAUGGAUGCAUCAUACACAGACUGAAUAGCCAAGACAGACAAGUUCUUCUGCAUGAAAGAAAGUAAAUCGUGUAAUUGUAGAGAAGCUGCUCCAGCCAGAGGUUCUGAAGACUCAUUAACAUUUGCCUGACUUGAACAAGAGGCACUACGCUUUGGAUUAAAAAAUCUUGGACUCAUGGCCUUCUUCAGUCUGUACAGUUUGUGGUCUUGGAGUUUGUAACUUCCAAAAAAUCUCUGCUGGGACUUCAUCAGAUGAAUCAGAUUUGGAUUCUUCUACUGGAUCUUCUGUUGGCACCUCUUCUCCAUCACCCAAGCUGUCCAGAGAAAAGCUUCUUUCAGCCUCUCCCAGUCUCCUAUGUGAUGCAUACGAUGUCACUAAAGAUGAAACACGGUGUUCAGAUCUGCUUUUGUAAAGCUUA